AUGUCCGAAAGGCCGCCCUACAUCGUGCCUCCCACAGCCGAAGCCUCCUCUCCUGCCCGGCCUGCAACGCUGAUCUUCCUACAUGGUUAUGGAGACGACGCGGACGGCCUACCACUGGGCCUGGCGCAACAAUUCCAGUUCUACAACAAGAUGCAAUAUCUGAAGUGGGUCCUGCCCUACGCCCCGCACAACCAAGAAGCCAUGACCCGGGCUUGGUAUAUGCCUCGAGCAUUGCCUAAUGCCAUGAAACCCCGGGUCCCGGGCGAAGUGGCAGAGGAAGAGGCCCCGGACGACGAGGCAGGUAUCAUGCGAAGUGUGGAUGUCUUGGAUGAACUGGUCGAGCAGGAGAUAGAAAGCGGCACACCACCGGAGAGGAUUCUCGUGGGUGGAUUCAGCCAGGGCUGUGCCGUUAGUCUGGUUUGGGGUCUGACCGGGCGGCUGCGGGACAUAGUGGCAGGCGUUCUCUGCCUGUCAGGUUAUCUCCCACUACGGGAUCGAAUCGCCGAGCUGCGGAACGAGCGAGCGGUCGGUUCGAACGAGAAGGAUGCGAAGCAAUGGUUCUAUGUCCACGGGACAAUGGACAUGCUCGUUCCCCUGAAGCUGUUCGUCCAGGGUAAUGAAGACCUACUCAAAUGGGUGGAUAGAGAGAACAUCGACGGACACGUAUACGCCGGAAUGGGUCACUCGACCAACUCGGCCGAGCUGAGAGACAUGCUCGCAUUCUUUGAGAAGGUCAUUCCGGCGUAG